AUGGUGGUCAACAAAAAUUUCUUCUAUUAUUUCGCUUUUGGGAGUAAUCUUUUGCAGGAAAGAAUUCGAAUUCAGAAUAAAGGCGCAAUUUUUCACAAUAUCGGUUUAUUGAAUGGAUUUCGAUUGACUUUUGUCGAAUAUGGGGAGAGGUGGAGAGGUGGAGUGGCAUCGAUCAUUGAAGCACCCGAUGGACAUGUAUGGGGUUGUGUGUGGAAAGUUCCGUUUGAAUUCUCGGAUGAAUUGGAUCGACAAGAGGCCGGAUAUCAUCGAUUAGAGGUCGCGAUCGAAUCAAACGGAGAAACGAUCAUUUGUCGAACAUAUCAAUACAACGGAAAUCAUCAUAAAUUUCAUGCUCCAUCUCCUCAUUACAAAAUGGUGAUCAUUACGGGUGCGCGUGAGCAUGAAUUGCCGGAGGAUUAUUUGAAGAAAUUGGAAGCAAUUCCCGAUAAUGGUUUUAUCGGUCGAGUCAAUGUUGAAGUGGAGGCGAUCAAACAUAUGCAAAUUGAUCUAAUUACGGAAGAAAAUAUG